UUGCCCACGCAGCAUUUGACUCCGAAUGGCAGAGAACGGACUGCGAGGACAAGGGGGCGGAGCUCUCCUUCCAAGGAGCCGAAUUGCAGAGGCAACCAUUGAAGAUGGACCAGGAGGGGAGGACGGACGGCGGUGCGACUUCUGCCGCCAAUCUUAUGGUGCCCUCAGAACUACCAACAGCAGACCUGAUCGAAGCAUACUCUGGCGACAAAGUGGAUACCUUCGACCAGGACAGCCGCAGGGGUGACACCUCUCCCCCCACCAACCCACAAAAGCAGCAAACGCACCGAAACCCGGACAAGCACCCGUGCCGCUUCUGUCCUUACUCAUGCUCUUCCGCAGCGGCUAUCGCCAUCCACGAGAGGACUCACACUGGCGAGAGGCCCUUCAGUUGCGAUGUUUGCGAGAAAACGUUCACGCAUAAGGCUCCCUUGAAGGCUCACGUUAGAACUCACACCGGAGAGAAGCCGUUCAAGUGCAACACGUGCAGCAGAGCGUUUACUCAGAAAGGCAGUUUGGCGAAUCAUGAGAAAACUCAUACCGGAGAGAAGCCAUACAAGUGCAACACGUGCAGCAGGGCGUUUAGUCAUAAAUGCAACUUGGCGGAUCACGAAAGAAUUCAUACAGGAGAGAAGCCGUUCAAGUGCAGCACGUGCAGCAGGGCGUUUACUCAGAAAACCAGCUUGGCGAAUCAUGAGAGAACUCAUACCGGAGAGAAGCCGUACAAGUGCAACACGUGCAGCAAGGCGUUUAGUCAUAAAUGCAACUUGGCGGAUCAUGAGAGGACUCGCACCGGAGAAAAGCCGUUCGAGUGCGAGAUCUGCAGUAGAGCGUUUGCGGCUUAUAGCAAUUUACAGAAUCAUCGGAAGAUACAUCGCAAGUGAUCGAAACCCUCACUUGCAUCAUAGUUGUGGAGGGGGUUUAAACGAAAUACUCAAGCUCCGACGUGUGUUCAUUUCAUUUGGUGAUACACCUGCAGGGGUUCUACUUGCGA